UCGGUUCAGUUCAGUCCGGUGCAUGCGGGAUACGAAAGGACCUAGUGCCGAGUCUGAUAUUCCAGAAUUUCGAAAGGCUUUUCAAGCCGCGCGGAACAACAACAAGUGAUAGUUACUCUAGCGAAAGUCUGAGAAAGAGUUUUUUGUCAAGUGUGUUUGUUUAUUUUCCAAGUUUUUUCAAGUGUUGGCCAGUGCUUUGGACCCGUUUCGAGUCUUCACUUGUUUUUGAAAAAGCAUCUCAAGGUAAACACGGCUAAAGGCAUACCAAUGGAAGCUAGGACAGUCUUAUGAUGAACUUGCUGGUGGUUAAGAAAGGCGGCGAGCGGAUCGCCGACGUAAGCUGUAGCCAAGAGCAAAGUACCAAGUCCCAUCCAAGUUUGUCCCAAGCACCCAAUCACCACAAGCUGGCGCAACUCGAGAUUGCAUCUGCGUCGGGAUCGGGUCAGGGACGAUCUGGAGCCGGAGCCGGAAGUGGAAGUGGAAGUGGGUGUGGACCAGCUUUUCGGUGGCAGCUGCUCCUACUGCUCCUGCUGUGCAAUUGCAUUGAUCUUACCAUUUCGAACAAAAUCUCCUCAGUGGGCGCCUUCGAGCCGGACUUUGUGAUUCCGCUGGAGAACGUGACCAUCGCCCAAGGUCGGGACGCGACCUUCACGUGCGUGGUGAACAACCUCGGGGGUCAUCGGGUGAGUGGUGACGGUUCGUCAGCACCAGCCAAGGUCGCCUGGAUUAAGGCCGAUGCCAAGGCAAUUCUGGCCAUUCACGAGCACGUGAUAACCAACAAUGAUCGAUUAUCGGUGCAGCACAACGACUACAACACAUGGACGCUCAACAUACGCAGCGUCAAGAUGGAGGAUUCCGGCAAAUACAUGUGUCAGGUCAACACGGAUCCCAUGAAGAUGCAGACCGCCACCUUGGAGGUGGUCAUUCCACCGGACAUCAUCAACGAGGAGACCUCUGGAGACAUGAUGGUGCCGGAGGGCGGGUCCGCCAAGCUCGUUUGCCGGGCGCGUGGUCACCCCAAGCCCAAGAUCACGUGGCGCCGCGAGGACGGCAGGGAGAUCAUCGCCCGCAGUGGCUCGCACCAGAAAACAAAAGCCCAGUCGGUGGAGGGCGAAAUGCUGACGCUGUCGAAGAUCACGCGAUCGGAAAUGGGCGCCUACAUGUGCAUCGCCUCCAACGGAGUGCCGCCGACGGUGAGCAAGCGGAUGAAGCUACAGGUGCACUUUCAUCCGCUGGUGCAAGUACCAAAUCAAUUGGUUGGCGCCCCGGUCCUCACGGAUGUCACAUUAAUUUGCAAUGUCGAGGCAUCGCCGAAGGCCAUCAAUUAUUGGCAGCGGGAGAAUGGUGAAAUGAUUAUUGCCGGCGAUCGUUACGCGCUCACCGAGAAGGAGAAUAAUAUGUACGCCAUCGAGAUGAUUCUGCACAUCAAACGACUGCAAACGAGCGACUUCGGCGGCUACAAGUGCAUCUCCAAGAACAGCAUCGGCGACACGGAGGGCACCAUCCGGCUUUACGAAAUGGAGCGCCCCGGCAAGAAAGUCUUUCGCGACGAUGAUCUUAACGAAGUGUCGAAGAACGAGGUGGUGCAGAAGGACACGCGCAGCGAGGAUGGCUCACGCAACCUGAACGGAAGGCUUUACAAGGACCGGACUCCGGAUCAGCACCCGGCCAGCGGGAGUGGCCCGGUGCCCGGCCGCGGGACAAUGCGGCUAAUCGGUACAUUUCUAUUAGCCUUAUUGGUUUUAUUAACGGCGAUGGCGGAGACCCGGCCAACCGCUUUGUUCUGCCGCACAAAAGGCGGCAGACAAAAGAAGGCCAAGGAAGUGGGCUGGCAUGGGCAGCGGGAUAAGGGCAAGGAGGCCAGCGGCGGGCAGGCGGAGCCGUGGAGCCGGUUCUGGGAGAGAUCAGCGCGGAGUUGGAGACGGACAGCGCUGGCAGAGUAAGAUUAUUAUAGCUUAAUUCAAUUGUAAUUAUACAAACAAGAUUAUGAUGCAAGGCUCCUGCCCCACGUCCGCUCCAUCCGUGCCCUGACGAGGGCCAGGUCAAAGGGGCAUUAAUCAGUGGGGCUGCCGGGGAUGAGGACGCCACCCCGGGCUAAUCAUC